AGGACCACUGCGCAUUUUAGCAAUAACGCCGUAAAAGGUAAACGCCGUUCUCUGCAUCGGUUCUUUUCCUCCAUGGUCGGUUGUCGGGCACGCAAUCUAUUUCGUCGGAGCUCCGGCGGUUGUGUAAUUGGGAGUUUUUUGGUGGUGUGUUUGUUUAAUUCUUCGAUUUUGGGGAAAGAAUUCAGAAAUUUGCCCUAUAUGAAGGUUCAUCCAGCGCCGAGGAAACGCAACAUCACUCUGGACGUCGCUUCGAUGGUGGCUCAGGCGAACAUCUGCCGGCAAAAGAAGCUGAGACGGCUGCCGCACAUCUUCGAGAAGGCGCUUGUGCUGCCUUUCCAUCCAGAUGCCGAGGUUUCCAUCAACGAAACCCCUCGCUCCUUCGUCUUCACCGCCGCCACCGAUGGCAUCAGCGGCGAUGUCCGCGUCGACGCUAUCGAGAUCCAUCCUGGCGUUACGAAGAUUGUCGUGAGGGAUAGUGGCUACGUUGAUUUGUCGGGGACUGAAUUGGAGCUCAAUUUGUGGAGAUUUCGUCUGCCGGCGUCGACACGGCCGGGGCUCGCCUCCGCCGCUUACGACGACGGCCAGCUAAUCGUGACGGUGCCGAAAGGAGCUCCGUCGGAUGAGGCAAACAGUGGUGACAUUAGAGUUGGGAAUAGAUUCGUUCUUGUACAGUAAUUGGGAAUCCCUUUGGCCCUUCACCUGUUUCUGUUUCGCUUUCAUCCACCAUUUCUGAAAUAAACAGCAGCAGAAUUCAUCUCUGUUAUGGUGAUGAAUAUACUAAA